CUUUUAACUUGGAUUUUUAUACUGAAGUACAAGACUUAUCAUAUUUAUUAGAGCAUUUAGAUUCUGAUCCAUUCGCAAAUAAAUUUAAAGAAUUAAAUAAAGCAUUAUGUGGAUUAGUGGAAGACUUUAGUUUAGUUGGAUUUUAUACACUUUGUAUAGAGGGUAAUGAAAGUAUUAUGUUGACUGCAAUGAGUGAUAUAAAUAGUUUUCACGAUGUCAUGGAUGUGCAAGAAAGAUGGUUAGAUCAUAGAGAAACAUGGGAUGAAUGGGAAACUAAGCAAAAGCAACAACAGACGGGUCAAUAG